GAACUUUGGUCACAGAGUUCAUGCUGAAAUAUCUGUACACACUUCGGACACAGCAUUUUGGUUUCAUCAUGGUUUCCUGUAACUACACGCUUCUGUUUUUCUGUCUUUUGCUUCUAUAUCCUCUUUCGCUGGCUGCAGUCUUCUUAGAGCACAAGGAAGCAAGCAGUGUACUGCAAAGGAAUAAAAGAAGCAAUUCCUUCCUCGAAGAGCUUAAAGCCCCAUCACUGGAGCGAGAAUGCCUGGAAGAGAAAUGUUCUUUCGAAGAAGCAAGAGAAAUCUUCAGAGAUGACAAAAGGACGAUGGAUUUCUGGACAACAUACACAGACCCUAAUCAGUGCGAUUCCAACCCUUGCAAGAAUGGUGGGACGUGUAUAGACCAGUACCAAACAUACAUUUGCAUGUGCCCCAUGGAGUAUGAAGGCAAAAACUGUGAAACAGGUCCAGAAACCACACUGAAGUGUGAUUAUGAAAAUGGCAAUUGUGAGCAGUAUUGUGUAGAUACUUCAAUAGCACGGCGGUGUUUUUGUGCAGAGGGAUACAGGCUUGGAGACAAUAAUGUAUCUUGCAUCCCAAAAGUUGAUUAUCCUUGUGGGAAGAUACCCAUCCUGGCAAAAAAAGCCUCAGCCCUGGAGGGCAGAAUCGUGGGUGGCUAUGCUUGUCCUCCUGGUGAAUGCCCAUGGCAAGCUAUCAUCAUAGAUGGUGAGCAGGAAAAAUGUGGAGGUGUUCUACUUGCUGAAUCAUGGGUUGUUACUGCAGCCCACUGCUUAGAUGAAAACCGCAAAGGAGCACUCAGGAUAAAAUUGGGUGUCCACAGGGUAAACCGUGUAGAAGGACGAGAACAAGAAAGCAGGGUUGAUAAAAUGAUCAUCCACGAAAACUAUUCUGCCAAAAAAGUUGACAAUGACAUAGCCUUGCUGCACUUAGUGACCCCAAUGAACUUCACAGAUUAUGUGGUGCCCAUAUGUUUGCCUGAGCAAGAGUUCGCUAAGCACGUCCUGAACUAUGUUAAAUACUCCACCGUGAGUGGGUGGGGGCGUCUCAUAGAAGGUGGGGCCACUUCAGCAACACUUAUGCGAGUGCGGGUCCCCAAGAUCCAUUCGAAAGAAUGUGUCCAGCACACAAACUUCACCAUCUCAGGGAACAUGUUCUGUGCGGGGUAUUUAAAUGGGAGUAAAGAUUCCUGUGAAGGUGAUAGUGGUGGACCUCAUGCCACAGAGUACAAGAAUACUUGGUUUCUGACAGGGAUUGUGAGCUGGGGCAGGGGGUGUGCAGCAGUCGGCACCUACGGUGUUUACACACGAGUGUACAAAUACAUAGACUGGCUCAACAACCGCAUGGAUACCUAAUCUGGGAUUAUCUUUUUCACACCUUUCUGUUCAGCAUUCUUUAAGCAUUCUAAAUAAAUUAAGGACUAUGUUAUUAA